AAGAAUGAGUGCAGUUGAAAGAAGUAAUCCAGUUUACGUCAGUAUGUGUCUGGUGUCUUCCUUAUUGAGAAGGACGUGGCUCUUAUGUUAACUGUUACUUUAUGUAGGUGAACCGAGAACUGAAAACAUUCGCUCGAGAAAUGGCGACGUUCGCUCAACAACCUCAGGGAGCUAGUCAGCCAGCUAGCAACAACUGCAGCUAGCAACAAGCUCUUUCCCCACUGCAGCAAUUCAGACCCUAAGGAGAUGUUGACGGAGAACAACCCACACCCUACGUUUGUUUCGCAUUUAAAGCGUUGAAGAAAAGUAAGCCUCAGGGACGAUUAAACUUUCUUGUGAGCGAAAUAAUAUGUGUAAUGGAACGAGCAUCUGAUAUCCCGUUAUGCUGGAAAGGUAGCAUGGCUCAGCAGAAAGAAGAGAGAAUGGCUACGAGGGCGUUCUGCCAAAAGAAAAUCAAUCAGCUUCAGCGAAGCCAAGCCGAUCUGUCAGUGCGUAGAGAGAAACACACACACAACAGGCCGCCUGUCAUCAAACCAGCGCAAACACUCGCUGGCCUUCAGGUUCCCCCACAGUUGAUAUGCUUACAGAAGCUUAAGACUUUUAAUGAGGAAAUGAAGAAGGCGGCAGUAGAGGAGUUCCAUGAAGCCAGUGGCUGUGGAGCCUGCCUGCAUAACCAGGCCACACUGGCCCUGCACAGCUUCAUCAGCAGGAAGAAGAGUCAAGUUUGUGCUCAAGCACUGGAGGAAAAAAUGCAGUCACACCUUUACAAUAAGGAUUCAAUUUACUUGCUGGGGCAGAUAUUACGAGAAGUCCCCAGACCUGAAGACGACCCUUGCAUAGUUUGGAAAGCAAUGAUGGAGCGAUGGACAUCAGACUAAAGAAAGGAUGACACUCAAAACUGUAGAGACUUUAGUAUUU